ACUGAACGUAGGAAUGGAUGAGCUGCCGCUGUCGACGUUAAAAGAGCGCUCCAAGUCAAUUUGUUUAAGAAACGACUGCAUCGGUAUCACCUGUUAGAGUCAUAUUAUAUUCGCUAACUGUACAGUGUACAUAGUUGCAUACCACGACUUUGUUAAAUGGGUGCGUAUCACUUGCUUGUAGCAACUUAGCCUAGCUGGAGCUGCUGAACUUUAAAGUAACGUUUUGUUUAAUAAGUUUGACUCUUUUUUUUUUUUAAAUCUCCUGCUUUUUAGCAUGGAGUUAUUUGGGACAAUUCUGGGUUAUUCUGCGUUUUUUGCAUUAUGUGGACUUGUGUUUGCUGCCUACAAACUUGGCUUGCUGUACCAGUGGUUCCACAAGACGGAGACACAAAGCCCUCGACAUGGCGGCGAAAGUGUGGCGGAAGUCUUGCGCGCCCACGGGAUCAAGUAUAUCUUUACUCUUGUCGGUGGACACAUCUCGCCCAUCCUGGUGGCCUGUGAGAAAGUGGGCAUCCGGAUUGUGGACACCAGGCAUGAGGCCACAGCUGUCUUUGCUGCUGAUGCUGUGGCGAGGCUUUCAGGUACUGUCGGUGUAGCCGCAGUGACUGCUGGCCCCGGCCUCACUAACACCGUGACAGCAGUGAAGAACGCUCAAAUGGCAGAAUCACCGUUGUUGCUCUUGGGAGGGGCUGCUGGUACACUCCUUCAGGGCAGAGGAGCGCUGCAGGACAUUGACCAGAUGUCUCUUUUCAAGCCUCUGUGUAAGUUCUGUGCCUCCAUCAGAACAGUCAGAGAAAUAGUGCCCAUGGUCAGAAGGGCUCUGGCUGUCGCUCAGUCUGGAACCCCGGGGCCAGUUUUCAUAGAAUUCCCCAUCGACACACUCUACCCCUUCCAUCUGGUGUCCCGAGAGUUUGCUGUUAAGAACCCUCCCAAGGGCCUGAUGGGCAGAAUUGUUUCCUGGUAUCUGAACAACCACCUCAUGAAUAUUUUUGCCGGCGCGUGGGAGAGAAGAGAUGUUUCACCACUUCCCGUUGACAUCCCACAAGCCACCAACGAUCAGGUACAAAAAUGUGUGGAACUAGUGAGUCGAGCUAAGAAGCCUGUUUUCCUCCUGGGUAGCCAAGUCACGCUACCCCCAACACCAGUCGAUGAGAUCAGGAGGGCAUUGGAGGACCUGGGCAUCCCUUGUUUCCUCGGCGGCAUGUCCCGAGGCAUGCUGGGUAAAGCUAGUCCAAUCCACAUCAGACAAAACAGACGUGACGCACUGAAGGAAGCUGACGUGGUGGUCCUAGCAGGGACCGUGUGCGACUUCCGUUUGAGCUACGGCAGAGUUCUGAGCAGACGCAGCAAGAUCAUCGCCGUCAACAGAGACAAAACACAGCUGCUCAAAAACUCUGAUAUGUUCUGGAAACCAACUGUAGCCAUUCAAGGUGAUGCUGGCUCAUUUUUAGUACGACUGUCCAAAGGCUUGAAGGGCCAUCGCUGUCCAGGAGAAUGGUCUCAAAGCCUCAAAGCAGGAGAUAUCACCAAAGAAAACAUAAACAGGACUAAAGCCAAUGAGAAGACGGAGUAUCACCUGAACCCCUUGAAAGUUCUCCACCUUCUGGAUGAGCUGAUGGCGGAGGACAGUAUCAUCGUCGCCGAUGGAGGAGAUUUUGUAGGCAGCGCCGCUUACAUCAUGAGACCUCGAGGGCCGCUGCGCUGGCUGGAUCCAGGGGCAUUUGGGACACUGGGAGUCGGGGGAGGAUUUGCUCUCGGGGCAAAACUGUGUCGGCCUGAGUCUGAGGUUUGGAUUAUCUACGGGGACGGCUCCUCGGGAUACAGUGUUGCCGAGUUUGACACGUUCACUCGACACAAGACACCAGUUAUUGCCGUGGUGGGAAACGACGCGUGCUGGAGUCAGAUUUCCAGAGAGCAGGUUCCCAUUCUGGGCAGCAAUGUGGCAUGCGGCCUUGCAUUCACAGAUUAUCACACAGUGGCAGACGGUUAUGGCGGUAAGGGCUACAUUGUAAGGCGUGAAGAUGAGGAGCGGCUCCGCGACAUCAUCGGGCAGGCUCAGAAGGAGACCCAAAAGGGCAAAGCAACACUCCUCAAUGUCCUGAUAGGCAAGACCAACUUCAGAGAGGGCUCCAUCUCUGUGUAGUGCGGCAUAUUAUCAUAUAACCUGUAUCAAUGGAUUCCCUUAAUAGUACUAUAAACUAAUGUACACAUGGCAGGAACAUGGACAGUCUCUGCCUUAACUUCAUCAUUCUUCUAGGGUUAAACAAUACACAUUUUGAAAAAGCCAUUUUUAAUCUAUUUUUUUUCUUCAGUGAAUGAAGAAUUAUUGUUAAAUGGUAAAAUAUUUUGUAUAAUCUAAAUUAAGUUAUAUGUGACAAGGGAAAAUGUUUGCACUUCUUUAUUCAUUGGAUAUGCAGUGAAUGUACUCAUAGCAUAUGCAGUUUAUAUAACAUCAUUUACAAUAUACAUUGUAUUGUGCUGUAAAUGUUAUUGAUUUGCUGACUAGGGCAGGACAAAACAUGUUUAUUGCAGUCUAAUGUAUUGAUCAUGAUGAUAUAAAGAUUCGUUCUUUAAUAAAAGGGUAAAUUAACAGUAAAGAUGUUAAUAAU